UCUUAAUUACAUGUGGAGAUGAGUUGCAAUGGGUGCCGAGUUCUACGAAAAGGUUGUCAUGAAAAUUGCAUACUAAAACAAAGCUUAGAGGGGAUUAAAUGCCCUCGAGCUCAAGCCAAUGCCACUGUCUUUGUCGCCAAAUUCUUUGGCCGCGCUGGCCUCACCUCCUUCCUUUCUUCCGUCCCCGACUCCCAAAGAUCAGCUUUAUUCCAGUCACUGUUGUUCGAAGCGUGCGGAAGGACAAUAAACCCGGUGAACGGAGCUGUAGGGUUGCUAUGGACAGGUAACUGGCACCUUUGCCAGUCGGCCGUAGAGACAGUGCGUCAAGGUGGAAUAUUACAGGCGUUACCGGAGUUUUCAGGCAUGACGGGAGGCGGAGGGGGCAAAGUGAACCGACUAAAGGAGAAGAGAAGAGACACGACACCUUUGAAUUCAGAUGAAUCUGAUACAACAACGUUUGAAAGCGGUUUUGUUUACCAGCAAAAUGAACAAGGAAAUGAUACUAAGCUUCUCAGACUGUUUUGCUGAACAAAAUACUAAUGAGAAAAAUUCUUAGGUCCAAGUUUUAUCAGCUUA